ACCCACAUGGACAUGAUGGGCCGAAGAGCCUCUUUUCGUUAUGUAGAUAGACUGCAGCCAAGAGACAGAGGCCUGUGAAGGAUUUAAGAACAAAGGGAGGCUUUAAGCUGGAUGGAUCUAAAUUCUACCUUCACAACUGGACUGCUACCUUCAUCAAAACAGGUCUUUCCCAACAGGGGAUGAUGCAAACGAUGACAUAUGUUCCCUGCAGACCCUUAACAUAGGGUUAAGGGGACUGGGUGAAGGCAGUCUCUCAUUCCUCCUGCUCUCAUGCAUUCAACGCUUCCUUCCAAAGUGAAGUGACUGUUUCUUUUCUCUCUUAACACGUAAUGUUUCCCCCCUGGAUCCUGGCUGUUGAAGUGAGCUAGUUAUUUUUAAUCCCUGGAUGGCUGAGGGGGGUGGGAGAAGAGAGCCUGUGAGCUUUGGCUACAAGCUGACCAGCACAAAGCCCCGUUUGUGGCUGCUGUCUCUACAAAUCCAUACUGAGGGAGAGUGCCCAGGCGUUCACAUCUGUCCUCCUCAGCAGUAGGCACACACUACUCUAGAAAGCCUCCAGUGGAAAAUGAAAAAGCCCAUUGUUCUUAUGCUUUUGAGCUUGCUGCUGGUUACCCAAGCCAUACCGACAAAUCGUCCGUCGUGUUACAAAAAGCUGUUGCAGGGUCGAAGCUGCCAUAACAUCCCCGAAGGGACCGAACACUUACGGCCCAUAGACCAGGGGUUGACGGAUCACUUCUGGGCUGGGGACGACUGCGAGAUUGUGUGUUAUUGCAGCUUCCAAGAAUUGCUUUGCUGCCCUAAGGACAUAUUCUUUGGACCAAAGAUUUCUUUUGUGAUUCCUUGCAAUUCCCAAUGAAAAGAAAUUUUAACAGCAGCUUGAAAACCAUUCACUGGUCUGCAAUCAAAGAAAGGAUUACCUACUCCCUGCAUAUAGAACUGUACAAAAUCUCCUGUGAUUUUCCUAAAAUGUCAUUUGUAGAAUGUGCCCCACAACACACGUACUUUUUUGCAUGAACAAUUGUUAAGUUAUAUUUUAAUUUCAAAGAUUGAAAUAACAAUACAGUGCAUGCUUUUUCAAUCUAACAUAUUAAUUAACAAUCAUUGUUUACCAUCUUACUAAAUAGUUGUUCAGUCAUAUUAACACCACUCUUUUUUCUAAAAAUAUAUUUGACUUCUGGAUGUUAAAAAAGCAAGCUGAAAUGCACUUAAAAUACUGAUAUUUAUCCAAACUAAUCAUAUAAUUAGAUUAGAUUCCCUACAGUAUGGAAACAGGCCUUUCGGCCUAACAAGUCUACACUGACCCUCUGAAGAGUAACCCACCUAGACCCAUUCCCCCAUCAUUUAUUUACCCCUGACUAAUGCACCUAACACUAUGGGCAAUUUAGCAUUGCCUGGCCUGUGUAUCUUGGGAUUGUGGGAUGAAACCGGAGUACCCAGAGGAAACCCACACAAACGUGGUAUUUGUUUUCCUUGCAACUGCUAACUUACUGUUUCUAAUAAAAUUUACAAGUACUGAUAUUAACACUCCAUUUUAUAGAUUUUCUUACUGUAUUUUAAUAGUUUGUUAUUGUCAUUGAUUUACUUGCUGUAAUAAAAAUACUGACAGUUCCACUGA